AUGAGUGCACAAAACUCGUUACAGAGCGUAAAUGAUACGCUGAACGGGCUUACAAUCUCUCCAACCACUCGCGGACUCCAUGCCGUGGAAGAUUCAUCACGCGAUGAUGGGGUCACCAGCAGCGUUGGCGCAACAUCCGGCAGCAAUGUUGGUGCGGAUGGCAGCAACAACGCAAAAGCGCCCGUAAAUCUGCUUCAAGAGGCAGACUCUGGUCUUUCCAAAACUGAUGGGAUUCCAGAUGGUCCGGUGGUAUCUAUCAAAUCGAGGAAAGACGGUCUAGAAGCGCUCCUCAGUAAUCUGGAGACCCUGCGAGAAAACUCAGCAGAGAAGCCAUACAGCAUCUCAAAUCAUCUUGCGCUAGCCGAAGCCUAUGCAAACCUUGGUUAUCCAGACUUAUGUGCUGGUGAGGCCUAUAAGGCUCUCCUGCUGGUGGACGAGCUGUCGGACGAGUCUGGUGAAUACCACGAGCUGGUCGUAGAGGCAGCGGAAGCGGACAUAAGGCAGGCUAAGGAUGGGGCUAGGCCGCUUGCCGAACAGUCCCUACAGAUUGAAGCUAAUGCUCCUGUGGUUAAUGAAGAUGAUGGUGUUACGGAUGCUCUGGCCCAGGAUGCGAUGGCUUUUGCGGAAAAGCAAUGGAGUGGAACGGCAUAUAUCCAGCUCACAGAGAGCUUAAUGGCCUGCGGAUGUUUAAAGAGUGCUCUUGAGUACUGUAAGAGGGGCUGUCAAGCCCAUACAGAGAACAGUAUCCUUCGUCGUCUCGACCAAGAGAUCCGUCAUCAGUUGCAACAGUAUUUCGAGAACCGUGGCAUUACUUGGGAAGAGAAGGACAUGAAUAUCGAAGACUAUCCUGAUCGCGGCCUCGUCCGCCGCGAACUCUACCCUUGGAACGAUCACGAACCAGACCGCUGUUCUGAAAAUUCACUGCGUCUUUUGAAUGAGCAGAUGGUGGAGGUUGCUCCGAAGCUAGAAGUUCGGGCUACUAGUCUUCCUCUGUUAACAACGUCUCCCGAAGGUCCACCGGAAGUACCCAAGACGGUCACCCAACUUGGGGUUUUUGCGAAAGAGGAUAUCUCUCCAGGCGAGACGAUUCUCGACGAACGCUCCCUCCUGACUGCCUCCGCUCGCUCAGACUCUCCCCUCUGUGACGCUUGCAGUGCAGCACUGCCAAUCACAGCGCUUGCCGCAGAAGGCGUCAUCUACUGCGAAGACUGUGACGACACACCCUUCUGCUCGCAGACAUGCCACGACCUCGCAGUCUCAGCCUAUCAUCCAGCGAUCUGCGGUGCAGACGCCGACGCCAUCGCCAAGGACGCGCCAGCAGCGGGUGCGGCAGAUGCCUUGUACUCCCUUCUCCUCUGCCGUGCGCUGGCAAUGGCAGAAACCCAGGACAUCCAUCCUCUCGAUCUUCCAGAAGUCAAGUUCAUAUGGGGCGACUACCACUCCCUGACCCUCUCAGAGGUCUGGACGUCUCCUCACAGUAGCCCCGACCCCUUCCGCGGGAUCCCCCAAACCCUCCCCUUCUCCUUCACCCACAACAUCCUCCACCCCCUGCACUUCCUCGAAAAGAUGAACGUCAAUAUCUUCGAAAGCACCAAAUACGACACCUGGGUCCUCAAUACCCUGUACGCCAAAUUUCGCGGCACCGCCUCAGCGCGUCAGAGCGCCGAUGGAAGGCCGGCCGUCGGCGCCGUCCAUCCGCUUUGGUGUCUUGCGAACCAUUCCUGCGAUCCGAAUGUCAGUUGGGUGUGGGAGGGGAGUAUGAAGUUCACUGUCAGGGAGCAGCGGGUGCUCUGGAAGGGCAGAGAGAUCAGGGAGAGGCCGGGGCUCAGAAAGGGUGAGGAGGUGGUGGGGCACUAUUGCGAUAUUGACUUAGACGUGGGGGAGAGGAGAGAGUGGGCAGCUGGUGCGCUUGGGGGCGAUUGUAUGUGUGAGAGGUGUGUUUGGGAGGAGCGGGUGGAGAUGGAGGAGAAAGAGAAGAAGGAAGUGAGGAAGACGGGGGGUUGA